CAGACCCCCGCGUGUAUCUCCGUCGCCAUGAAGGUCUGCGCCCUGACGCUGCUGCUGCUGUACGCGUGUGUGGCUCUUUUGGUCCACUACGCUGCUUCCCUAAAGCUGGAUGAUAUGUCGUUCAAGCCGCCAUUCGAGCUCGUAGAUUCGGAGGGCCGCCGCAUUGUUAACACCACCUGGUCGCACGGUGGCAAUGCGGACGUCAAGAAGCACUUUAUCCGCCUGACCACCGACCGCCAAAGUAAGCGCGGUCAUCUGUGGCAGAAGAACCCUGUCGGCCGCGAUGAGCUGUCGGCUAUCCUGACCUUCCGCGUCUCUGGUCAGGGCAAGCGCUGGUUCGGCGACGGCAUCGGUCUGUGGUUCACCGGCCAGAAGGUUUUUACGCCCGGUGUAAACCACGGGUUUACCGACAAAUACAAGGGCUUAGGUGUGGUCAUCGACACGUUUAACAACCCGGAGCACAAGGGCGGCCACAAAGAUAUCAGCGUCAUCGUGAACGAUGGAACCAAGAAUUAUGACCAGAUGUACGAAGAGAAGCGCGCCGGAUGCAAUGCCGCUGUACGCUAUCACGAGCAGAGUGCCAACUUCGAUCCGGUGCACAGCCUCUCGCGCGUCAAAGUGAAGAUCGACAAGACCCGACUGGUGGUGGAGGUGGAUGAGCACGCCUCUGGUCUGUGGGUGGCCUGUCACGAAAUGACGCUGCCCUUCAGCGAGGAUUGGCUGCGCACAGCAACUAUUGGAAUCACGGCGUCCACAGGCGCGCUGGCCGACAACCAUGAUAUCAUCCGGUUUGACACGUACUCAGAGUUUAUGGACGCGACUAUUGGCGCGGUGGACUCGGAGAUGGUGAUGAACUCUGUGUCCAAGGACUACAAGAAGUGGAUGGACUCGCCCAAUUGCGGCACGGACUGCCUGAUCGCUGUGCUGCAGAAGGAGUUGUCGAACUUUCGCAUUGAUGCCGAGCACCGCUUCUCAGAUCUGAAGGAGAAGACAGAGAACAAUGUUGCAAAGCUCAAGAAGCAAGAGGGCGAGAACGAACGCCGUGUGCGCGAGAUUGAGGCCAAGGUGCGCAAGGGCAUCGACUCGUCGCUCGAGAAUACCAAGAAGGUGUUGGGCGACGAAGUGAACGAGAAGAUCACCAAGCAGCUGGAGGAGAAUCCGGACAUCGCCAGCGGUGGCUGGAAGACGCCGUUCGCGCUGCUGUUCAUCGGCCUGGCGGCAGGAGCUGCUUACGUGUACCGCAAGUACCAAUCGCUCAUGAAGUCGCACUUGCUGUAG